AUGUUUGAUCAGUGUUUAAAGUGCAUUGAGAAGCUUCCUGCAAAUGAUUUGUUUAGAUUACAAAUUGAAGCCCAAUUCGGGCCAAAUCCAAUUGAAUCUGCAACUAAACAUACAGAAAAAGGUGGUACACUAUUCAAAAAUUGGUUAGAAACCGUAAAUUCCAAAAAUUUAAUUUCAAUCAUGAGAGAAAUUCCAAAAAUUCCAAACUUUUUUGCCGGAUAUCGCCACUUCACAUCACUUGACAUUCCAAACGAAGUCAAAUUGUUAUGGGCGCAAGCAAUUGCAAAUAAUUUUCCGAAAUUCGAAGUUGCAUUAGAAUAUUCUAUUGAUUUAAUGGAACAGAUUGGAAAACAUAAUGAUGCUCUUGAAGUUAUCAAAAAAUUGGAUGAAAUUUCCCCAGGAAAAGCGAAGAUUAAGAAAUUUAAUGUUUAUAUGGCAUCAGGACAAACAGAUAAAGCCGUAGAACUUAAAGAUUCAAUGAAUGAUAUCAGUGGUGAGGACAAAUAUAAGCUAGAUCUUGAGAUUUGGAAGAAAACAAGAGAUGAUCAAAUUUUAUACAAAAUUCUUGACCUCGAAGACACGAAAGAACUGGCUGUUAUCAAGUCAAAAGCCGUCAACAUGCUUGGUCCGAAGCUCGAAAAAGACGUAGCAAUUCAAAAAUUUACAAAUUUGCUAAAACUCGACCAAGAAAACGGAAUUCUCUUUUAUCUUUUCGGUAAAUACAUGAUAAAUGUUGUAAAGGACACCCAAAAAGGUGAAUUUCUCCUUAAAAAGUCAAUUGAUUUAGGAUAUAAUUCGGAAGAUGGCUACGAUGUCUAUACAAAGGAUCUCAUAGCAAGUGGAGAACUCGAUAAAGCACUUGAGUACUGCAAACGAGCCAAAGCAAAGUGGUCUUCGUUCAGAAGAGGAUUAAUUUUCUUCAAACAACAAAAAUUCAGUGAAGCCGAGUCCGAAAUCCUUGACUACCUGAAAGAUAAAGACGAAAACGCCGAUGCCUGGGUAAUUUUGGGGUUCAUUUAUUUAUCACUCGGAAAAAUGAUGGCCUGCUCACAAGUGAUUGAGAAAUUGGAUAUAUUAGGUUCUAGAAACCAAGAAUUGGUCCAAAGAUUCGAAUUUUUCUAUGAAAAAUUAAUUCUGACAUUUCCUCUCAAAAUCGAACAAUUUGAAAUUGAGAGGACACCCUAUUUAUUCAAUAUUUAUUUGAAAUUGAUCAUAGGAAAAAUCAGAGAAUACAGAGUAUUCAACAGAAUUGAAUCAAUUUCAUUGUUUAUUGAGAAUACAAAUCCAUUCAUUGAAAUUUACUUGCAAAAAUGGGGACACUUAGCAACAGUCAUGAAAAUUGUUAGUGACUAUUACAUUGAAGUGUUCAAAACCACAAAAGACGCAUCAAUUCUUGAGAAUUGCCAAAAAUUAUUAAUGAAAAGAUGCGAAAACGACAGAAGAGGCGAAUCAUUCAUCGAUCUAGCACGAGUCAUGUCUCUUAGAGGUGCCGAUAACCACGCACUUGUUGUAUUACGUAGAGCUGUGAAAGCAUUUCCAGAUAAUCCGAAUGUUUGGCUCAGUCUGGCCAUUACCUUCAUAAACAACAACAGAUAUGACUUUGCAAUGCAUUGCCUCACAGCGGCUUCCAAGAUUUCUCAAGAAAAAGAGAAAUCAGUUGCAUUGUCAAUGAUUUCAGCUCUUUCUUACCUUCUUCUCGAUGACCACACAACUGCUACAAAGGCUGUUGAAGAGAGCUUGGUUCUUGACGAAAUGAACAAGUUCGGAUGGGAAAUGAAAGCAAUAAUGAACAAAGAAAAUCCUUUGAAUUUCUUAAAAUUGGCUUUUGAAUAUGGUUCUGAAAAAGUGACAAAUAAUUUGGCCGAUUACUCAUUAUUAAACAAUGAACUAAAUCAGUCACUUGGCUACGCAUUCCUCUCUAAUGACAAAGAAAAAAUUUCGUUGGCAUUAGAAAAUCAAGGAAAUUAUGAAAUGUCACUUUUGUUUACAACUAAAGAAAGUCAAAAACAUCAUUUAAGAGACUUAGAAAGUAAUGAUGAGAAAGAUGCAAGCAAAUACAUACAAAUGAAUAACAAAUAUGGAAAUUUGGGUGUUGCUUCUUGUUUGUUGAGCCAAGGAAGAAAAGAAGAUGCAAUUAAAGUAUUGAACAAAACAAUUGAUUUAUUUGACAGUAUUGAAAUCAAGGAUAUGCUAAUUAACAUGACAAAUCAGUUGUCACAGUCUUCUCAAAUGAAAUUUAAUCAAAAGAAUCCUUUGAACAUUUUGAGAAUUGAAUUACUGAAAUCUAAUGAUAAAUUGGAUACUUACUACCACGCUUUCUUAGAAGAUAAACAGAAUAUUGACUUUUUGAGAUUGUUUAUUACACAAUGUUUGAAUUCUGAAAGUAUUCCUAAAUACAUGGAAGCAGAUUUAGGUUUGGCAAUUUCAAACAUUGGAAAAGUUUCUGCAUCAAGAGAUUCCAUUUAUUUGCAAAUUAUUUAUUUCAUUAGAUACGGAAAGAAGGCUAAAGCUCGCCAUGCCAUCCAAACUCUUUCUGUUUUAUCUCCUACAAAAGCUAGAUCACUUCUCAAAUUGAUUCCGAAAUAUCAAUUAUAUUAA